UUUGGCUGGCUGAGAAAGACUUGAGGAGCCCGUACUGACCUGCAGGAUGUCCAAAGCCUCCAGGCUGGCUCGCCCCCCUUCUUCUUUGGGAUCUGGAUCCAAGCUGCCAUCGCCGAGGAAGGAAUGCCCCGGCACGGGUCGAGCCCGGGUGGUGAGCGUUGGGGAGAAGCUGAUGAGGGCAGGUAGCGAUGGGGUCCUGAGCAGACAGAAGUCUCUGACGGCCUCUGUGCAACAGGAGAAAGCACAGAAACAGACCCAAGUAGAAGCUCAGGCCCAGAACCAGAGUCAAGGAGAGAAGGGCGAGAAAAUGGAGAUGGUCCACCCCAAGAGCAGGAUCAGUCCACCUAAAGGCUCUCUGCGCAAACAAACAAAAAGCAACCUGAAGGUAACCUCCCCGGAGGACGCCGAGCACGCCGUCCGCAGACAGGCCUCCUCCCCAAAUGGGACGCCCCCCUCCAGAGGGGAUGCCAAAGGCAGCCGCACGGUCCCUCGGAGACACACGUUAGGGGGCGCCCGCGGCUCCCGAGAGAUCCUGGCCAUGCAGCCGUCGGACAUGGACAAGAAGAGGGAGGCCUUCCUGGAGCACCUGAAGCAGAAAUACCCCCAUCAUGCAUCGGCCAUCAUGGGUCACCAGGAGAGGCUGCGAGAGCAGAGCAGAAGCCCAAAGCACGGCCCCAAUCUGCAGGCCGGCGUCGGCGACCAGGUCGACCACCUAUCCCUGGCCUCCCUCGAGUCUUUGGACACCAUGUCUGAGGCCGACGCGCCCUCGGCGUUCACCCGCGGCAGCCGGAUCCGCGCCAGCCUGCCCGUGGUGCGAUCGACCAACCAGACGAAGGACCGGUCACUAGGCGUGCUGUACCUGCAGUACGGAGACGAGACCAAACAGAUCCGCAUGCCCAACGAGAUCACCAGCAUCGACACCAUCAGAGCUCUGUUCGUCAGUGCCUUCCCGCAGCUGCUCAACAUGAAGAUGCUGGAGUCUCCCAGCGUCGCCGUCUACGUCAAAGACGACAUGAGGAACGUGUACUACGAGCUCACUGACGUCAGGAACAUCACAGAUCACUCCUGCCUGAAGGUCUACCACAAAGACCCGGCACAAGCCUUCAGCCACGGACCGAGACCGGCUAACGGCGACGCAAGGAUGCACAGCGAGAUGGUACAUGCGGCCCGUGAUGGACCCCACCCUCUGAGACAGCCCCCCAUGGGUCCGCCACCUCACCCCAUGCAGGGCGCCCUACCGCCCUCCCCCCACUCCAUGCCCCCGUCCCCUUCUAGGAUUCCAUUUGGCCCACGGCAGGGCUCCAUACCCGGCAACGCCACUAUCCCGCGGGAACGGCUGGCUAACGCUAACCCGCCGGCUCGCUCCAUCUCGCCGUGUCCCAGCGCCAUCCUGGAGAGGCGGGACGUCAAGCCGGAUGAGGACGUGGGGGGUAAAAGCCACAGUCUCGCCAGGGGGAACGAGGGCUUGUAUGCAGACCCGUACCUGCUCCAAGAGGGGAGGAUGAACAUGGCGUCCGCCCACGGGCCGCACCCCAACCCCGGGCUAGACGGUCCAGAACUAAUGGGGGGGUUUCACCGCGCCUCCAUUCGCUCCACAAGCAGUUACGGGGGUCCAAGCCCCUCGGACACUAUGGAUCAUCCGACUCUGUACAGGCAGAAAUCCAGAAACAGCCAGUUGCCUACUUUGGGCUCCAAGACUCCUCCCCCAUCCCCUCACAGGAGCGAAGUACGCAUGAUUGACAUCCAUGGCGUUCCUCCUCAUGGCGGACCUCCUCAUGGUGGUCCACCUCAUGGCGUUCCACCUCAUGGCGUUCCUCCUCAUGGUGGGCCUCCUCAUGGCGUUCCACCUCAUGGCGUUCCCAUUGAGAGAAACUCACCUGUGCGCCAGUCCUACAGGAAGGACGACGGGACGGGGACCAAGCCCCGCAGCAACAUGGGAUCACCUGUAGUUGCAGAUCUUCAGGGUCACCUUCAGGGUCCAAUCCCACCUGCUGUUGACCCUCAGACACGAGAGCGAAUGAAGGCUAUGGAGCAACAGAUUGCCAGCUUGACUGGUCUUGUUCAGCAUGCACUUUUAAAGGGGCCAAACACUAGUGGCAGCAAGGAGCCUCCAAGCGAGAGACCACCGAAGACGUCAUCUCCAGCUCACAGCGCUCACAGCGCUCACAGCACACACAGCGCUCACAGCUCAGGUGGUUCUCCCGUCAUGGCUGCCAAGAGAAGUGCGGCCCCGUCAGACAAUCGCUCAGCUCCUUUAAAAGUCAACCUCCUGCAGUUCAGGAAGAAUGUCUCCGACCUCAGGAUGCAGCUCCAUCAGAUGAGACAGCAGCAGCUCCAGAACCAGGAGGCGCUGCGAGUCCAGCUGAAGCGGGCCGAGCAGGAAAUCAGUGUUAAACUUGCCGAGGCCAUGCGGGGUCUGGAGGACCCGGUGCAGAGGCAGAGGGCUUUGGUAGAAGAGGACAGGCACAAGUACUUGGGCCUGGAGGAGCGUGUUCUCACACAGCUCGGGGAUCUGGAGCAGUAUGUCGGCUCUCUGCACAAAGACUCACACAGAGUCGUGACCCUGAAGGAUGUGGAGGAGGGCGCCAUGACUCUGAGGAAGGUUGGAGAAUCUCUGGCAGGGCUCAAAGGAGAGUUCCCAGCCCUCCAAACCAGAAUGCGGUCCGUGCUCAGGGUGGAAGUGGAAGCGGUCAAGUUUCUGAAGGAGGAGCCUCAUAAACUGGACAGCAUGCUGAAAAGGGUCAAGAGCCUGACGGACUCGCUCAGCGGCCUCAGAAGAUGUGCUUCAGAGAACGCACAGAAGGGACCCGAUCCCUCCGCUAAUGUCCCGGUGGAGAACAUUCCCUCAGUAGCACUAGCAGCCCCUGCAGGAGCAGCCCCUGCAUCCCCGGUGCCGCCUGGCUCCACAUCGGCCCCGCUGGAGCCCCAGACCUCCACCAUCAGAUCGGAGGUGAUGCCUUCCUCUCCCGUGGUCAUCCAUCAUGUCCAGAGCUCCCCGGUCCACAUGCAGCAGUCCCAGCAGUCUGCGGCCUUGGCAUCUCAGCCCAGUCCCCCGCUUACCCCGAGUCCCAAACCUGGCAACAGUCAAGGCCGGGAUUCCCCCAAGGGGUCGACCUCGGAUCCACCGAGUCCUGCACGUCUGAAGAAGACACAAGGGAACCCGGUGAAUAACGGAAAUGGCACCACAAGCCAAGGUCUGAUCAUCGAGGAGCUCCAGAACAGUCAGGACAAGAGCAAGAACAGAGCCAUGUCCAUACAGGCGGCAGAAAAGGAGUGGCAGGAAAGGAGGCAGAACAUGGGUCACUAUGAUGGAAAGGAGUUUGAGAAGAUCCUACAGGAGGCCCAAGCGAACAUGAUGAAGGGGAUCCCCAGCCUGGAGGUGGAAGAAAACCCGACAGUGCCCCCUGUGGCCACUGGAGAACAAACUGAAAUCAAAAUCAACCCAGUGGAGACGCAGUCAGGGGAGGCCCAGUCUGAGCCCCCCCCUGACAAAGCAGUCAAGAAGGCGCCUGAGAAACUCCCAAAGCCUGUGCUGGAGAAACCUGCCAAACCUGCACUCGAGAGACCCUCCAAGACCGCCAUGAAGCCACCUCCCACCGACACUUUGAACAAGCAGGGGUCUGAAAAGGCCAGCAAGUCCCCACCGCCGCCUCCUCCAAGGAAGACCUUCAACAGCUCCAGCUCAGGCAUGACCACCACCCGCUCCGGUGAGGUGGUCUUCACAAGCAGGAAGGAGUCCGUCUCGGCCCAGGAGGCCGAAGAGGAAGCUCCACCUCCGCCUCCAUCUCCCCAAUCCAAGCCUGCCAAGGUUCCACCGGAGACCAAGCCGAAGCCGGCCACCCCGCCCCCCGUCACUGCUUCUGUCACCGCAGAAGAGGAGGACGAAGGGGACAAGAUCAUGGCAGAGCUUCAGGUUUUCCAGAAGUGCACAGUUAAGGAUGUAGGGGUGAAAAAUGUCUCAGAGCCCACCGCUCGAAUUGAACCGCAAAUCAGAGAGCUAAGACCGGGGGCCUUAAUGCCCCUCAAAGAGAAAAAGAGCUCAGAGCCCAGUCGUGAGGAUAAAGACCCAGACACCGAUGAAAAUGGGAAUACUACUGUCAGGCAGAGCCAGGGGGUGAUAUACUAUGUGACUGGCCAGAUCCCCAAAGAUCACCCAGCACCGUCGGGAACAGAGGACACCACCGACCAUCGAGAACCCGCACAGCCUCCAUCACAGGUGUCAAAUGUCAAUGUUAAUGACAAUUCUCCAAGCCAGCAGCAGCAACAGCAGCAACAACAGCAGCCACCAUUAUCCCCGCCGCCCAAAUCCCCCACUACACCGCCGCCUAUCUCGCCUAAGCCCGUCGGACUGAAGGGAUUCAAACUGCCGAGGAAGCAGGUGAAACGAUCUGAAUCUUUGAAGACCAGCGCGGAAAUGGAGAAGGGAAAAAUCUUGAACAAAAUCAACACUGAGAAGAAGACGAAAGUAGUCCAGCUGAGUGUUUCCCCGAGUAAGAAUGUAACCGCCGAGCCGGCGGCGACCACGAGAACCAGGAGCAUAAAAGAGGUUCUUAAGAGCGCCGCGUCUCCGACUCAUGUGGCGCCAAGGGAGGUCAGCGAGCCAGCUAAAAGUAACUGUGAGGAUGAUAAUGAAGAGGCAUACCUUAGUCCUGACCUACCUGGAGAAGAGGCUCCGCCCCCUCCUGACAACAUAGCGUUCAUGAUCACAAACACCAAAGUUCAGGCCUUGUCUUGCGGCGAAUACCAGGAGUUAGUCAACGCCAAGAAGGGGAGUGUGCAGACCGUUACCGUGGGCAACGCCGCAAACAGUUUCAACACCACAGAGGAUCUGUCCGAGCCGCAGGAUUACGGCUACAACAACAAAAAGCCCGUCAUUAUCAUAUUCGACGAGCCCAUGGACAUCCGCUCGGCCUACAAGCGCCUGUCCACCAUCUUUGAGUGCGAGGAGGAAAUGGACAGGAUGCUGGCGGCGGAGCGCAUCGACGAGGAAAGCGAAGAGUCGGACACGACGGUCGGGAGCGAGAGGGUUGACGGUAAAAAAAAGGUGAACGCGGACCAUGUUAGCUUGUCGUCCUCGUCGUCGUCUUCCAUGUCCGAGCUGACGGACGGCGGCACCCUGGAGACGAGCGGCGACGCCAAGCAGGACAGUAAGAAGAAGUUCAAGUUCAAGUUCCCGAAGAAACAGCUGGCGGCGCUGACCCAGGCGAUCCGCACGGGCACCAAGUCCGGCAAGAAGACUUUACAGGUGGUCGUGUACGAAGACGAGGAGGAGAGCGACGGCACCGUCAAGCAGCACAAAGAGGCCAAGAGGUUUGAGAUCGUCCGCUCGAAAUCUUCGGCGGAGAAACGCUCGACCGCCGCCGCUGCGAAGAAGCAGAACUCGGACGCCAUCGGCAGGACGAGCGAGAUCAGGAAGAGCACCUACAAGACGCUGGACAGCCUGGAGCAGACCAUCAAGCAGCUGGAGACCACCAUCAGCGAGAUGGGACCGUCGCCCCCCGGGGAGCCUGCCCACGCGGAGGAGCCCAGAACGGGCAACGGGAAGAGUUCAGAAGGGCUGAAGAGGUCGUCCUCUCUCCCUACAUCCAGAGGGUCGGGCCCUAAGGUACCGAGCAAAAACUCCUCGCUGAAGAAGACUAAACCUCAGCUCCUCCCUCGCCCUGUAGUCAUCCCUACUACCACCACCUCCACCACUGUCCCCAGUGCUCCCAGCACCCUUCAACAGAACACCAGUGUCGCUUCUCCCACUAGUCGGAUGCCCGUCCCUUUGUCUACGAAGUCCAGGCAGGCGCCGGGUACUGCAGACAAAGCGGGAAAACAGCAAAAACUGCAGGACGCUCAGAGGCAGUUCCGACAGGCUAACGGAAGUGCUAAAAGAGUGGGAGGGGAUCAUAAAACUACUUCCCCUACUAUACCCAUCUCUAAAAUCCCUGCUUUUUAUCCUAGCUCUACUAAAGGCAGCUCCCAGUGUGCACCGAACUCAGAUGCUACUAAUCCCAUUAACCCUUCCUCCUCCUCCUCCACUUCCUCCUCCUCCUCCUCCUCCUCCUUCUCUGUGACAAAGUCCUCCCCCCUGUCCUCUCACAGUCCUCGCUCCGGUUCCCUCCCCUCCUCCCACAUCCCCUCCCUGUCUAACGGAUCCCUCAAACUCCCCGCACCCUCACAGCACACAGGUAAAGCUCUCUCGUUCUCCUCGCAGACUCAGAAUGGUCGAGUGCACUCCUCCUCCUCCGCCUCUCCAUUCUCCUCCUCCUCCUCUUCCUCCUCCUCCUCCCCCUCCCCUCUGUCGCCCACACCUUUGGGCCCGGGCGGAAAGAGCAUCCGCACCAUACACACCCCCAGCUUCACCAGCUACAGGUCCCACAACGGCAGCAGCAGCAGCGGCAAAUCCUGCAUCCCAACAGCCACAGCAGCCAAGGACGCUACCUAGCUCCAAAACGGCCGCCAAUAUGGCUGACUUUUACCGCAUUUAGCAGGUAGAUCAGGUCAUGUUUCCUACUGCAACGUUUUGCUUUGUUGUUGUUUUGUUUUUUUUCUGUGUUUUUUGUAAGUAUUAAGUGAUGCACUCCUCCGAUUCAUGUUUCGUUCUCACACCAAUGCUUCGAUCUCCUUUUAAGUUGCAUUUCUCUCAUUUUGAAAAAACUUGGAUUCUGCUUCUUUCUUUGAAAGGUGUAACCAGAUGAUUCUGACAACAUGUUUUAUAAUGGAACUUAAACAAAAAACAGAAAAAGUUUAGUUUGACCACUUUGUAGUGAGAAGUGGAAGGCUCUCAUGGGUGUUUGAAAAUCUAUUUUUCUUGCUGUAACUAUGAAUAGAGAAUAUAGACUCGAUGUACAAUCGCAGCAUACCUUGUAAAAAAGUUGGUUUUAUUUUUGGAACCAGAGAUUGAAUUACCAUAGUAUAUUUAAUCUUCUAUAUUUCUUAUGUUGCCAGACAUUCAACACAUCCCUCGGUAAUGCCUUUUUUUUAUGAAUGUAUACACAAAGUAUACAGAUGUUUUAAAGUUUAACUCAUUGUUAACUUGUUUUCUAAGAGUAUUUUCUCAUGUUUUUCCACCGUAUGAACUGCCAAUUUACUUUUACAGAUGUGUAAAAAAAACUGGUAUCAUGAGUAAUACAACUGUUCUUUUUUUUUUAGUGUGCCUAUUUGCCAAAGUUUGUUGUACAAUGACUUACUUCAGGCCUAACCCAGGUCACAAGAUUUAGGGGAAUGAACAAGCACUCUCUCUCUCUCUCUCUCUCUCUCUCUCUCUCUGGGUGUCAUGGCUGAAGUGUCGACCUGCAGCGGUGUGUUUGUGCUGCUCGUCUUCAUUGGUUAACUUAACAUGUGUUGUUGUCUAAAUGUAAACAAAAGUGAUGAAUCAGUUCUACCACGUGUACAUAGAAGCUUCUACUAAGAGAAUAAGUAGUUUUUUUUAACAUACCAAAGUUUAUUUGUAUGCAUGCCUUUCAGAUACUUUAGGAGAGUGUUGUAAAAGAAUUAUGUUUGCACAGAUAGAUUUUGUAAAUAUCUGUUUUUUUGUUUCUCUCUCUCUCUCUCUCUCUCUCUCGUUUUUGUAAAGCUUUAAAUCAUACUAUAAAGGAGCAGUGUGGUAAAGACAGAAACUGUGUUGGAGUAGUGGAAAUAAAGACUUGCAUGCUGUAAUGCAUCAACGAUCA